AUACCUGUUUACGGCCGAUCAUCGUGCUUUUGUCUCGUCAGUGGCCGCUGACGCUGGUGGUGCGUUUGCGUGCGUGUCGUGUUGCGAAUGCGUGCCUGAGUCGUAAACAAAGUGCCUUCGGCGUGGCGAGCACGCGAUUCUGCGGAUCCACGGUGGAUUUAUGUACGGCGCGAACAUGCGCGAGCACGACGACCUGUCGAGAUGUUUCUUGCCGGGCCAUCACCAGCAGCAGCAGCAGCAGCAGCAACAGCAGCAUCAUCAUCAUCAUCAUCAUCCACUGCCACCGAUCCAGGCACCGUCGCCGCAAGCUCCGGGCUUGGACGCCCUGCACAGCCUCUGCAGGCAGAUCUAUCCCGACCAGUGUAACCCGCUGACAGUCACAGCGGUUGUGAAAUAUUGGCUGGGAGGACCCGACCCCCUCGAUUAUAUCAGUAUGUACGCCAGUCCAGGAUGUCCCGAACUCGGAGUACCUCCACAUUGGCACUACAUCAGCUUCGGAUUGUCCGAUUUGCACGGAGACGGCCGGCUACAUCCUAAAAAUGGCCCGGGUCGUCCUAGCGGGUUCGGCUUCGAGUUCACCUUCCGGCUGGCACGCGAAAGGGGCGAGACGACGCCGCCCACGUGGCCGGCGAACAUGUUGCAGUUAUUGGCCAAGUAUGUCUUCAGUUCCGGAAACACGGUGAUGCCGGGCGACCACGUCUCUUGGCACGCUCCGCUGAACGGCGAAAGCGGUCGCAUCACUCAGAUCUUGAUGGGCAGGGACCCGCAGCUCCCAGUGUCGAUUUCCACGCCCCAUGGCGAGGUCUCGUUCGUUCAGAUUGUCGGCGUCACCUCUGAGGAAUUGCAGGCGGCUCAGCACUGGAAUGGUCUGGGUGUUGUUAAUUUGCUGAAGAGCGCGCCGGAGUGCGGCCCUUGGUUAAUCACGGACAUGAGGAGAAUGCACUCCAUUAUGGAGAAUGAUCCCUCCAUAGCGGAGAAGAUACAGCGCGGCAUCGAGAAAGACGGCUCGAACUUAAGCGGCGUGUCCGCCAAAUGUUGGUGGGUGCAGAUUACGGGCGACAAGAACGUGGAGAGAUACAGAGAGCGAAGGGACGAUUCCGACGACGACGACGAGGGAGAGGAGGACGUGAAGCCGAUGGUGAAAACGGAGAGACUGUCGCCAUGCGAGCAGGACGCAGAUGAGGGCAGUAUUAAAGUCUUGUCCGGCCUGCAUCUUACGUUCAACCUCGAGGCCGGCUCGUUGCUUCCACUAGCGAUAAGGGGCCGCGUGAUGCACGGGAGGCACUUCACUUUCAAGUCCAUACUGUCCCACUCGGCCGUCACGAUAGUAGCACCGUCGGUGACGGGCACCUUAGUCGCAAAGGAGAAGCCAUAUGUCCUUCAAGGACCGUGGCUGCAGGUGCUUCUCUCGGAAGAAUUGUACGAAAAAAUGGCCCAAGAAUUCCAAGUUUUGAACACGCCGGAUAAGAUCCAAUUGCCAAAGACAUUCUCUUGGCCGGAACAUAAAUUAGUCAUCACCAUCAUCAACGAUUGAAUCCCCGCGACAACGGUACGAUUCCUGAAAAUCAUCGUCUCAUCAUCCUUCGGUCACACACACACACACAUAUAUAUAUAUAUAUAUAUCGCGCGUCCCAUUUAUAUAUAUACAUUUAAGUUAAGAAUAACACAAUAAAAGUAUUAUCGAACCUCGCUGAAAAUCGAGGUUUCUGUUUAUAGUGUCGAUUGUUAGACCAGACAUAUCUCGGCGUAAUGUAAGACUUUUAUAAUUUAUAAAUUUUCUCUGUGCGUGUUUAAGGGGAUCAAUUCGCCCAUCAAUGUGGGAAAGUAGAGAUUGGAUGUUUUAACAACGGACCUACGUCCUCGAAUGUCUUCAAAGCGAUGUAUUUUUCUAUACAACGAAUAUUACCGUCGGUCUCUCUUUUACAAAUUGAUGCUUGGCUCGUAUAUAUGCGCAACGGAAAAUUCGCGACAUUCAAAUUUGUUUUUUCCGAAACAUUGAAUCCUCCAAGAAGUAAAUAGUCUGGUGACUGUUUGUAUUAUUUGCAAAAACAAAAUCAUAACGAAACGUUGCGGAUUUUUCUUCGUGUGUAUAUAUAUAUUUAAUUUUGUACAUAAAAAGUAUAUAUAAAUUAUAUACUAUUAUACAGCACACACACACACAUACAUAG